UUUAAUUAAUUUUCUUCGUUCUAGUGAAUUAUUGUUGUAUUUUUCCUCUUACAUAAUGUGAGAAUAUGCGAGAAUGUUAACAUAUUGGUUGGAGUUAUGAAGAAAAAUUAUUACCCAUGGAUAACCGUGGAAACCCGAACGGGUAUAGCCAUGGUUUUGAUUUUCUACCCGUUUCUUAUGUGAGUAUGGGUAUGAAUAAAACCCGAACUACUUUGAGUAGGGUAACGGAUAUGCACUAUUCGAACCCAACCCGACCCAUUGCCAUCCCUACUAAUAAGUGAUCCCCCCUAAUUAAAUAUACGCCCCUAGCUUACAUUAAUUAGCAUUUCUUGUUUAUGAAUAAUAAUAAUUAGAGUUUAAACAUUCCAUCCCACGUAUCCUUUCGAUGCCCGGCCGCCGGGCGUGUAAGAUGCCACCAAACUCUUCAAACGGGUCCGAAAAGGAAUCCGAUCGCCGUCGAUGGGAACCUUCUCUGUCGCUAUAAAAAACGUCAUGAAGGUGCUUUUCACCAAUGGAAAACCAGAUCAUAUCAACUAACCACCACCAACACCAAUAAUAUCCAUUAACAUUCCAAACGCCUAUGGCGGGUUGCUACGUCAUCUUCCCCAAAUCGUUGCUCAUGGUUGUCCUACUCGUCGUGGGAAACUUGGGCGGCGGAUCGAGCCACGACUAUUGCGGCAAAACCCGGCCAAAUGACGAGGACAACUUCCCUUUGUACGUCGAUGCCGUCCUUCAGGAUCUGGUUGAAAACACGCAGCAGCAAUACGCAGACGCUGGUACAGGCGAUACGACGUACACCUCGAUAAGGCCGGAGGGUAGCGCCGCCGGAAGCGAGGCGGCCAACGGUACGGCGACUUGUUACGUUGGCUACACCGGAGAUAGUUGCGGGACUUGUCUUUCCAAUGUGCAAAAGUAUCUGAGUCCGUGCAGGGAAUUUACAACGGGGUCCGGUUACUACGCCCACAAGUGCUCCAUAGCGUUCUCGCAACUCUAAACUGAAUCGCAACUACGUUAAGUUUGAUUUCCUAUAUGGAGAGAAUAUGCUUUUUACUGUGUUUCUCAGUUACAAUCAAUCACAUGCGCCCCUUCUUAAUACUCUGAGUUGUCUCCCUGUUCUAAAACAAAUACUCUAAUCCCAAAUAAAAGUGCUAAUAUAAAUUUCUAAGAUCA